UUUCUUCAGUGAUUCUAAAUUUGAAUCUCGAUCUAAUCAGUUAAAUCUUUGAUUCCAUCAAUAUAAUCCAUGUAUCAUGGAGAUGCAAUCAUAAUUAUAUCUUGAGAUUGAACAAAUUAUCGUCACUAUCAAGGUAAUUACUUAAAUUGUGAUCCAAGUGACUGAUUCUCCCCCAAGGUCAACAUCUCAUCUCUUUUUCUGUGCCUUGGAUGACAAAGGAGCUCAACAAAUGUCUCAACAGUUUAACAAACCUCUUCAAUUUGAUGAAACAUUGUUCGACAAUGUUUCCAUCAAUAGCCAUGCAAUUCACCGAGCCUGUGAAUCUUUGGACAGAGAAACCAAAUGUUUGGAUUCAGAUGUGAAGAUUAAAGCUCUUCUCAAUACAGUUCGUGUGAUUGAUUUAACAACUCUAUCAGGAGACGACACUUAUGUCAAUGUCCAGCGUCUUUGUCACCGAGGCCUCAAUCCAUUGGUGAAACCUUUGUUGGAUCAAUUGGUUUCCUAUAACUAUUGUGAUUCUAAUUUAACUGUUGGUGCCAUUUGUGUUUACCCUUCAAGAAUCAGGGAUUGUCAUGAUGCUUUCAAAAUGAUUAAACCUCUUCGGGAACCAUUGAAAGUGGCCUCGGUUGUUACUGGAUUUCCUUCUGGUCAAUAUGGUUUAGAGUCUCGCUUGAAAGAGAUUGAGUUUGCCUGUGAUUCGGGUGCCGAUGAAAUAGACACAGUUAUUGACCGAUCGCUGGCUCUUAAUGGUGAUUGGGAUAAAGUUUACAAAGAAAUCAAAGUGAUGAGACUUAAAGGGUCAGAUGUCAGGCUAAAGGUUAUUCUUGAAGUUGGUGAACUUGGUUCUUUGUCUAAUGUUUACAAAGCAAGUUGGGCCGCGAUGAUGGCUGGAGCUGAUUUCAUCAAAACAUCAACUGGAAAGGUUUCAGUAAAUGCUACACUUCCGGUUGGCUUUGUAAUGACUCGAGCAAUUAGUGAAUUUUAUUCAACCACCGGGGUUAAAGUUGGUUUUAAACCUGCGGGUGGAUUGCGAACAGAACAAGAUUGUUACAAGUGGAUUAAAUUAAUGGAGAAUCAACUUGGCGAUGAAUGGUUAUCACCUAAUCUAUUUCGUAUUGGUGCCAGUUCACUUUUAAAUCAAGUGGAAAAAAGUUUAUUCAAAUUGAAAUUCAAUCGUGAUCCAGCUCCUUGGGAAAUUUCAGUGUAGAAAAAUGAUCCUUUUUUGAUAUAAUCAUCAUUCCGAUUCUCCAAUCAAUUGAAUUCAUUGAUCAAGAUAAAAAGUUGACUAAAUCAUUUGUCGAUUUUACCCACUUAAUUGACAGCCAAACACUAAUAACCUCAUCAAACUAAAAUCAACUUUUAAUUUUCCAAGUUGAGAUAUUUUGUAUAUUAACUGAACAAUAUGUUAACCAUGAUUAUAAAUUUUCAUUCAACUUAUGAAA